CCAAUCCAACCCCAAACCCAGCCGGCCCUAACCAAACAAUAUUUCCACCAUACCAUCAAUAUAAACUUUGAUCUGAUUAUAUUUAAAAUGUCAACCCCCUUCCUCGAAACAGUCGAAUCCCGCCGCUCUCUCUACCAACUCACCAACACCAGCCCGAUCCCAGACGCCCGCAUCAAAGAAAUCGUCAGCCUUUCCCUCAAACACGCACCCAGCGCAUUCAAUGUCCAGUCCGCACGCGCGGUCAUCCUGCUGCGCGAACAGCACGAGAAAUUAUGGGAUAUUGGUCUGAAGGUUGUGCAGGAGGAGAUGCCGCCUGCGGCGCAGGCGUUUCUGACGAAGAGAGUUGUGGGGUUUAGGGGGGCGUAUGGAACUGUGCUCUGGUUCGAAGAUGAAGACGCCAUCGAUAUCCUCAAGCAGAAGAAUCCGGCCAUUCAGCGGCUUUUGCCUGAAUGGUCCUCGCACUCCAGCGGAAUACACCAGUUUAUCAACUGGACUGCCUUUAGCAAGGAAGGCCUAGGAUGCAAUCUGCAGCACUACAAUUUCAGUGCCAAGUUUGUCGAGAGUGUGCAUGAGUUAUGGAAUGUGCCGAGGAACUGGAAGCUCAAGGGGCAGCUGGUCUUUGGGCAACCGGUCGGAGGACCGGAUAGAGUGAAGGAGUAUAAGCCGAUUGAGGGGGAUAGAAUGCUUGUUUUUGCAUAAUUCGCAUAUAUUAUGUCCAUGUACGUUUGAUGAGAUAUUCAGUUAGAAUAGAAUUACGACUUCGGACCA